AUGGCGGACACCGCGGACGGAGCGUCGGAACCGGAGACCUGUUUCAGCACAGAAAAUAAAUCCGAAAUGGAGACAGAAACAUCGUCGCUGGGUGAAAACUGUGAGACUAAAGAGGAGAACACAAACACCAGCGAGGAGCCUUUUAAGAAGCCGGACAUUUUAGCGUUAAAGAAGAGCAAAGGUGUGCAGAAAUUGGCACCUGAGUCAUCAGAUGUUCGAGAACCUUCUAAGGAACCCGCAGUAAACCGCGACCAGUCUCUUAAACACGACGCUGAAGGUCUGCAUCAGUCUCCUGAGCCAAAAAAGAAACAGAUCCUCCAUGCAACAGCACCUAAACCCGACAUCAGGUCCCAGAAACCAGCCAAAGCGCCCCCUAGUGGUAAAUUCCCUCCUCUUCCAUACUCCGAGCCUCCCUGGGCUGGGGUUCCUGAUGUCCCUUACACCUUCGAGCUGCUCAAGAACGGUUCCAUCCUGGACACCGUGGCCCUCAGUCAGCAGAGUUACUUCGUGGUGGGACGCCUGCCUGUGUGCGACAUCUCUCUGGAGCAUCCCUCCAUAUCGCGGUACCAUGCCGUGGUGCAGUAUCGUGGAGAACCAGGGGACACCGGGGCCCUAGGAGAGGAGCUCGGGUUCUACGUGUACGACCUGGGCAGUACUCACGGCACCUUUGUGAACAAGAACAAGAUCCCUCCUAAAACGUACCUGAGGCUGCACGUCGGCCACGUGGUGAAGUUCGGAGGAAGCACGAGACUCUUUAUCCUCCAGGGUCCUGAAUCAGAUGAAGAGGUCGAGUCAGAGUUUACGGUUACAGAGCUGAGAGAGCGGGCGAGAAAGCAGCGAGAAGAGCUAGAGAAGAGGAUGAUGGGAGGUGGUUCAGACGACGACGACGAUGAUGACGACGAUGGUGAUGAUAAGAACAAGGAGGAGAAGAACGGAGAGAAGGCUGCUCAUAAAAAAAGUGCAGAAGACAGUGGCUGCUCGUGGGGAAUGGGAGACGAUGCAGCUCCAGAGGAGGAUGAGAAUGAGGAGAAUCCGUUUGCCACAGAGUUUCAAGAGGAUCAGGAAGCAGCCUACCUGAAAGAUCCUAAAAAAGCCCUGCAAGGGUUCUAUGAUCGAGAAGGAGAAGAACUAGAAUUUGAAUAUGAUGACAAAGGACACGGCACCUGGCUCUGCAGAAUCAAGUUGCCGGUGGACGAUGCGAAGGGCAGGCAGCUAAUCGCUGAAGUCACACACGUGGGUAGAAAGAAGGAGGCGGCCGUACAGUGCUGUUUGGAGGCGUGUCGCAUGCUGGAGGCCCGAGGUCUGCUGAGGCAGGAGGCAGUCUCUCGCAAGCGCAAAAAGAAAAACUGGGAAGACGACGACUAUUACGACAGCGACGAUGACUCUUUCCUGGACCGGACGGGUACUGUUGAGAGGAAGAGGACGGAGCGCAUGAAGAAAGCUGGCAAGAUCCAGGAGAGACCUGACACAUAUGACUCUCUGGUUGCUAAGCUUGCUGAGGUGGAAAAAGAGCUCGCUGAAACUGAAAGAACACUGAGUUCUUCUGGGAAAGAGGGCUCGAGCUCGGCCACACAGGACCCUCUGGAUGAGUUCAUGAGCUGCGUGCGAAAUCAAGCCGCUGUAGACGUGGUGCAGAGGAAGAAGCUGCAUCUGCACGUGGCCGAGCUGAAGAAGGAGGAGCAGCGACUGCGGAAACUCAUCGACUUAACCAGACCUACGCAGCUGCCCUCACUACAGAGCGGUCCUGGCAACCAAUCAUCUGACCCUGACAAGCCCAGGACGUUAGCCCUGCCUUUGUUCGGUGCUAUGAAAGGUGGCAGAAAAUUUAAACUGAAAACAGGGACCAUAGGGAAGUUGCCUGUGAAAAAGCCCAACCUGCCUCCUGAGCUCUUUAACAUGAAGGAACUACCGCCUGGAGGAGAGGAGGAAGAAGAGGAGGAGGAGGAGGAGGAGCAAGAGGAAGGAAAGGGAAAGGCAUAUGAAAUGGACGAAGAGGGUGAAGAUGAGGAGAAAGAGAGCACAGCUGCCGCAGAGAUGGGUGAGAUGGAACAUGUGGAUCCCUCCAGUGCUGGAGAACUUCCAGAAGAAACCUGUUCACAGAGCCCUGGAGAGAAAACGCAGGACUCGGACAGACAAAAAGUGAAGAGGAUUUUAGCACACGGACAAGAGAAGGUUAAAUCAGUUAGCUCUAGAGGAGACUCGCCGUCCGCAACUCGAGAGGAAAGCCAACCUCCUCUGAAAAAGAGUGGGAAGGUGAUCGGUCCCAGCAGGCCACCAGGCACCACGUCUAAACAGUACCCCGAGGACGACCCUGAUUACUGCGUCUGGGUGCCUCCAGCAGGUCAGACCGGUGAUGGACGGACUCAUCUUAACGACAAAUAUGGCUACUGAGAUCACAACAGAAGUUUUAGAUGGUGUCGUUGUGAAGAGUGUAAGGCAGCUCCAGCUGACACAAAACACAAAAUACACAAUUCCCUUAAAAGUCCGGCUGCUUUACGGAGGCAGGAAACUUUCAUACAUUCUUUGGCUUGCCAUCUGUGUUCACACUUACAUUGUGUGUUAUUAGUGCACAAUGGGGCUGGGAAAGGAGCAGAGGACAAGGAUGGAAACACUGCAGGGAUGUGUUUUUUUUUUU